AUGAAAGUGCUGCAGUCCAAAGACAAAAUAGAGCUGGAUACAGGAUUUUCGGUGGACGUGAUCACCAUCAGACGACCUGUAGGUGCCGGUGGAAACAGGAAAGUCAUCAAUAUUUCCAUGGACAGACUGAGAAAACAGUCUAUUUUGUCUAUUCCCUAUGACGACGAAGGACUGUGCUGUGCUAAAGCGAUUGUUUAUGCUUUGGCCCAUUUACAUAUGGAUACGACUGCCAUCAAAGCCAUGCAAAAGUGUUGUCGGCCAGCCCUCGUGAAACGUGCAAAGGAAUUAUUAGAACUUCAUAUGGCUGCGAAUGUGCCUCUAGGCCCCUGCACGUUUUCAGAAAUCGCCAUAUUUGAAGACCACUUGGAUGUGCAAAUUGUCGUCUUUUCUUCGGAAAACUUGAACCGAGUGGUCUAUAAAGGAAGAGAGAGGACACAACGGAUAAAUUUGUGGCUCCAUGAUGCGCACUACGAUGCCUCAGCGAUGGAUGCCCAACCUCAGCGAUGCCAGGAUUGUGACCGUCUCUGCCGCUCUGAUGUCUGUUAUACAGCACACAAAGCCCUGACUGGAAAUCAAGAUUUUUCACUUUGCGAUAGGUAUACCAGUGCAGGGAAUGCUGCCAAGUGA